AUGUCAUAUGAGAAAGUACCCGAUACUCGAAGACGAUGUCCACGUUCAUUCUCAACUGUAAACUUCUUUUUCUUUUUCUUCUUCUGUAUUUUUUCUCUUCUUUCUUUGUCUUUUCGGUUCUUUUUUCUCUUCUUUCUUUGUUUUUUCGGCUCUUUUUUCUUAUCGUUUGCUUUUUUCUUUCUUUUACUGUUCAUUUUUUUUAAGGAAGCAGAAAAUGACGGCUGUCGAAAAUCUCCAUAUCGUCCAACGUUUCUUUCGCUUAUAUUUUCUUCACGAAUUUUUUUUCACUUCACUCUCCCUUUCUUCUUCUUUUACUACUUCUUUUUUUUUCUUCUUCUUCUUUUUCUACUCCUUCUUCUUGUCCAUUUACGUAUUUAUUCAUUACCCUCUCCUUCUUUAUUCCUUCUUUUUUUCUUUUCUCUCUUCUGUCAUUCUUUUUCUUCUCGUUUCUCCUCUUCCCAUUACGGUCUUUCUUUCACUAGUGUUCACUCUGUUUCUUUCACUCCACGCCCAUUGUUUGAAUUUCUUCGUUAUUUCUUCUCUUUUUUCUCUCUUUUUUACCUUUUCUUCACCUUGAGGUCUUUCUUUUUUCUUUUUCUCUCCCUCCUCGUUCAUUUCCAUAUUCUUCUUUUGGUCUGCAUUCCUUCUCUUUUAACUCUGCUUCCAUCUUCUUUUUUACUUUUGCCCGCAUUUUAUUUCUUAAUCAUUUAUUUUUCUUUUUGA